GUCGUACUGCCUGGUGAAGGGAUCAUCUGCUUGGUGUUUUUGGUGGAGGACCGGUCACACCAUGAUUGAGGUGGUGUGUAAUGACCGUUUGGGAAAGAAAGUCCAGGUAAAAUGCAACUCAGAAGACACCAUCAAGGAUCUGAAGAAACUCACUGCAGCUCAGACAGGCACACGGUGGGACAAAAUAGUGCUAAAGAAAUGGCACUUGAUAUUUAAGGACCACGUGACACUCAGUGACUAUGAAAUCCACAAUAGAAUGAACCUGGAAUUAUACUACCAGUAACUCUGGCACCUUGCC